AUACGGUGAGAGUGAGAGGGAGAGGGAGAGGGAGGGGGAGAGAGAUCUUCUCCCCGCUUUUUCCUGCCGCCGGUGCAAUCGGCCACCGCCCUUUUCCUCUUCAUCUCCGCCCUCUCUCUCUCUCUCUCUCGUGGGCUCAUCGGGCUCGCUGCAUGUAUGUCUGUACUGGGUCGCUGUUGUAUGAAUUGUAAUGAUUCUGUACUGUAUCAUUUGGUUUUGAUUAGGGAGGGGAGCGGCUUCUUCAGGUGCCCCGCAAGAGGGUUGAGCACUGGUCCCGGUUCAACCCCGAACCAGACCGAACCGGCUUGGAUCAACCGGUUCAAGGACAGUUCUAGAGAGAACCGGUUCAGUUCCUGAUUCCAAAAAUCUAGAACUGGCCAUAAAUGGUUCAAUUCCCGGUUCUAAGGCCAGCACCACCUGUUCUACCGUGCUAGAGUCGGUUUUUUACCCAAAACACAAGUAUUAACACACUCACGGAGAACAGUGACAAACAUCCUUCAUAAUGGCUAAGCUGGAGGAGAAGCUAUUCGAGGAGGAGUGCUGGGCAGAUCGACGACCUUUCCCAAAUGCUCUGCUCCCUCGUCAGCUUCCCCGCCUGUGCUCAGUCCCUCUACAAGCGCCUCACCAUUACGUCGCCGUCGAGGACUCUAGGCCCUUGGAGCUAUCCAAGCAAGUCCUAGCCCUAGCUCGCAAUUGGAAGCACCAGAACAUCCUCCUCCACUUUGUCACUAUACUAGUGCCAUCGAUUUCAGGAAAAUAGUGAAUCUCCUUGACGGCGACGCGUCCAUUGGGGACCUGAACCCAAAUCACUCUUCAGCUUUUAGGGCGGGAGGCACAUUUCUCCACUUUAGCCAUCCCAUCUGAACUCUGUUGGGGAGAUCUCUAUCGAUCUCUCCUUCUUUGGGUACAAGUUUCGCCAAGGUUUCUGGAGGGCAGGUAGGCGGCAUCGUUGCAUUCUUUUUGGCAAGAUUUGCAGACUCAUUCUGCAUAGUUUCCUGGGAAAAAUUUGUUGUAUUUGUUCUUGAGGCUGCUCUAUAUAGUAGAUGAGUGAAGUUAUCGAAAUUAAAUUGCUUGAAGCAUCCAAUAAAGCUGUCUUUUAGUGAGUUUUAUUAAGUGGGCAUCCCCAAUCUGCCUAAUAAGCAUCAAUUACAUGGUGGAUUGAUCCUUGAUUAUGGCUGAGGAUAAGCAGAUGGAGUAUUUUUCUGCACAACAGAUUACAAAGAGUAGUAAAGCUUAUGGACUUGAGGAGAGUAUCCUGGAAAAGAGACAGGGCAUUGUUUCAGAAGGUUUGCAGGUUGGGCUUGUGGAUAUGGGGAGUCAUCCUUGCUCAGACAUUGUGGAUGAUGAAGCGUAUAUAUCUAAGUCUUUUGAAAUGAAGAGGUUGGGAAUGCCUUCUGAAGAUCCAUCCCAGGUGAAGAAUCUUGCAAUAUCUCCUGAAAAUGUGAUAGAUAAUACAAAGAACACUGAAAUUGCAAGAGCUGGAGAAGAUAUUGGCGAAAGCAUUCAUAAGUUUGAUUCAGAAUGUAUAGAUGGUGCACAUUCACUUCAAGAAAAUAGGUGUCAACUUGGUGUUGAAGGAACUACAAUGAUGCCUUCUUGCCAUGCCUUCUCUGAGAGUCUGGUGAAUAAGGAAGAUACUUAUGGAACGACACACCAGUUUGGUUCUGGAUAUUCAGUUGGUCAAGAAGAAAGAAGACACAUACCUGGAAUAAAAGAAACUAGUAGUCCAUUGUGCAGUCAUAUUACUGAGCAAUUGCAUGAACCUUUUUAUGAGAAUUCAACUUUUGGAUACAGGAUGCUGUCUUCUCCAAACGUAAGAAUGAGCGAUGAAGCUGGAAGUGGUCUGUGCCUUAAACAUCUUGAAUCACAUGAGACCCAUUGUGGAUCUGGUAGUGUAAGCAACCAAUUACCUGGCCCUGACCAUGUUGAAAAUGUAUCAGUUCAAGUGAGUACUAUCAUGUCUGAUAGAAUUGAAACUGAAAGUACUGGAUUACGAUAUAAUAUGGAACUGACCAAUGGCUCUAGUUAUGAUCCAUCGGGGUUGCAACAGGAGAAUCUUACAGGGAACUCCAAAGGGUCAGACCAUAGGGAGAGAAGAACUUCGAAGAGAUUGGAAAAAAAAUACACAUUGAGGUUGUCACUUGGCAGCGACAGAGUUCUUCGCUCGAGAUCAAAGGAUAAGUCUACAGCUGAGUCUAAUGACGAAGUAUCGAACCCAUAUACUGGUGAAGAAGUAGAAAGAAGGCAGAGGAAGAAGAGGCAAGCAAGGAAAGCUAUUGCUGACGAAUUUUCUAGAAUUAGGAAUAACCUAAGCUACAUGUUAACCAGAAUUAGCUAUGAGAGAAGCUUGAUUGAUGCUUAUUCUGGUGAAGGGUGGAAAGGGCUAAGCUUGGAAAAGAUAAAGCCGGAGAAGGAACUUCAGCGGGCCACAUCAGAAAUUGUAAAACGCAAGUUGAGAAUAAGGGAUCUAUUUCAGCGGCUUGAUUCAUUAUGUGCAGAAGGAAAGCUCCCAGAAGCUCUAUUUGAUUCAGAAGGAAUGAUUGACAGUGAGGAUAUAUUCUGUGCAAAGUGUGGCUCGAAAGAUUUGACUGCUGACAACGAUAUAAUUCUGUGCGAUGGUGCUUGUGAUCGUGGGUUCCAUCAAUACUGUCUGGAACCACCGUUGCAUGAAGAAGACAUUCCUCCUGCCGACCAGGGUUGGCUAUGCCCUGGGUGUGAUUGUAAAGUUGAUUGCAUGGACUUGCUGAACAAAUCACAAGGAACAAAUCUUUCUAUUGCUGACAGCUGGGAGAAAGUUUUUCCUGAGGUUGCAGCAGCUGAAAAUGCUGAGGACCCAAACUUAGGUCUCCCUUCUGAUGACUCGGACGAUGCUGAUUUUGACCCAGAUGCGCCUCAGGUUGAUGAAGAUCAGGGAGAUGAAUCUGGUUCUGAUGAAUCUGGUUCUGAUAUGUCUGGAUGGAAUAUUGCAUCUGUUAGAUUGGGGGCUCCUUUAAAAGACGAUUGCGUGGGUCUGCCUUCUGAUGAUUCAGAAGAUGAUGAUUUUGAUCCUGAUGCUUCGGACCGUGAGAAGGUUAAGGAGGAAAGUUCUAGUUCUGAUUUUACCUCUGAUUCUGAGGAUCUUGCAGCCGCCGUAGGAGGUGUAGUCGAUGAGGUUAAUUCCCACAGAGGUGGUGCUAGUAGAAGCUCUGGAAACAAUUUUGAAAAGAAGGAUAUUGUGAAGGGUGAACUGCAAUCUUUGCUGGGGGGAGAUGCUGACAAAGAUGUCUCCAUCUGUAUGCCUGGGAAAAGACAUGUUGAGAGGCUGGACUACAAAAAGCUCUAUCAUGAGGAAUUCGGAGAUAAAUCUUCCGAUUUAAGUGAUGAUGAAGAUUGGAGUGAUCCAAAUGAUGAUGAAGAUUGGAGUGAUCCAAGUGAUGAUGAAGAUUGGAGUGAUACUGUUGCACCAAGAAAAAGGAAGAGAGGUGCUGAUAAAGCUGCUUCAGCAUCAAACAAUGGGAAUUUUACCAGUGGAGAGAAUAUAAAGCACAACGAAAAUGAGACUGAGGAAUUUGGAGAUAAAUCUUCCGAUCCAAGUGAUAAUGAAGAUUGGAGUGAUACUGUUGCACCAAGGAAAAGGAAGAGAGAUGCUGAUAAAGCUGCUUCAGGAUCAAACAAUGGAAAGUUUACCAGUGGAGAGAAUAUAAAGCAGAACAAAAAUGAGACUGAACUGACUCCAAGGAGGAGGACAAGUAACAGGAUGGAUUCCCCAAGUACUAUUAGUAUUACAGCCACAGCACAUAAAAGCUCUUCAACACCUAGAUCGACUGGUGGAAGAGCUCGAUCAACUUAUAGAAGACUUGGAGAAGCUGUAACUCAGAGACUCCAUGAAGCCUUCAAGGAAAAUCAAUAUCCAGAACGAGCUGUGUCAGAGAAGUUAGCAGAGGAGCUAGGAAUUACUCAUCGGCAGGUGAGGAAGUGGUUCGAGAAUGCUCGUUGGAGCUUUAACCACCCAAGUGGUACGAAAGUGAGAGUGUCUGCUAAAGAUAUAAAUAUGGAGAGCCCCAUGCCUCAACCCACUACUGGACCGCGUGGCUCAGCUCCGGAAAUGAUUGCGGAUGAUGCCCCUAGUAAUGGAAUACCAAAUGCGGAACCUAGUGGAGUUGCUUCCAUGACGGAGUGCAUUGACAAGGAUGUGAAGGACAGGGAAGUGGGAAGUCCAGAGACAUUUAGGAAAAGCUACAACAGUUCAGAUCUUGGGAAGAGACAGGAAAAGGCAGAUAACGUGGUCUCAGGUUCGGAUCAAGUAAAUCGAGCACGGGCCAUUGGAGAUGAUUUGGCUAAAGCUUCAGAGCCUCAGACAAGCAGCAGAAGACAGACCAGAAGCAAAUCAAAGGCUUGACAAAUUUCUAACUUUUUGAGCAAAGAGUUCUUCCGGUUGAAAUGCUGGGAAAGAUGCCCUGUUCAAGAAUCCUGCGUGGAAAGAUGACUUUUUCCAUCAGGGUAAUUCAAACUGUCUCUUGGUUUUCCAGUUCAGGAUUCGGAAUAGCUACUUCAGUCACCAUUAAUCGUUGUCUCGGGAGUUCUUAAGGUUUUCUAAUCCUCAAUCCUUUGACAGUCAUUGUCUGAGCUGCUGAUCUUCAUUGUUGCAAUGCUUUGUUCAAUGGGUGGAUAAAGCAAGAUCGCGGCCAACUGACGUUUUCUUUGAGGAUCUUAUCGGUUCAAUUACCCCAUUGUAGGCGCCCGCUUGUUUCUUGGUGAGAAAAUAAAAUUCAAUAGGUGGACACCACCACAUACCAAAGAGUCUUGGACCGAGAAGAAUCCGUCCUCGACGAUGAGCUUGUAACAUAGUGAUGCCGCCUAACAUUACAUUGUACUCUCCAUGGACCACCUACGAAUUUUACAUCUAUUGCAUUCAAUUUAUGCCGUUUUACCA